GAUCCCAUUUAGGGGCGGUCCCAUCUGAUCCCUGUCCCAUCGCUGUUGUCGCUGUUCCCCAACAAAGAUGGUCCUCCAACCUAUUGCCGCAGUAUACCAGUACAUCCUCGCCCCUGUUGCGCCUUUUGCAUGGUUCGGGCUCAAGACCAGCACGCUCGAUCUGCUCGCGACAGUCCGGCUCUGUCUUGCGCUCAGGCAGAUCAGGGAGAGUUUGAGGCGCGAGUAUCUUAGACGCGCGUCUGGAAAGAAGCUGCAAGAUGCUGUCGCUGCAGUAGAGAAUAGGUCUUUUGUUAGAGACGCACUGACCACCCUGGUGGUGGUGUACGGCGGCGAGGCAAUGAUAUGUCCAUAUAUCUCGGUGCCGGCGUCGUUUAUGCUCUCCGGUGCGACGCCGCUUCUCUGCGUCUUCACACAAGCUCUCGUCGAAAGCAUCCCGGCAUCCAUGAUACCCAUCCCCUCGUUCAACACAGAACUCCCGUUUUCGAUCUUUGACGCAUAUAACCGUGCCUUCUUGCUCUGCAGCAUCGUUCCACCCGUUGUUUUGAGCAGCCCCGCAGCGGGGGCAUCCGGAUCACCAUGGGCACUCGUUCUAUCUUCGCUCGUCCUAGCCAACGGCGGAUUCUUCCUCGCCAACUUGUUCUCUCUCCUUCAGCCAACACCCCUGGCCGUGUCCACGCCCCCCGAGCUUCUGCCCUACGGCUGGACAGCCACUGAUUUGUGGAGUGCACCGCUAGUCGCAGCACUUUACGCCACCCUCACGCAUACCCAGCCGUUCUGGGCUGACGUGCAUGCGGUGCUGGUGGGGUUGGUCGGGGGUGCGGUGGAUGCUGAGGGUCUGGCAAAAGUCGAGCCACUUGACGCCGAAACAGCGAGAGCAGCAUGUGCGUUGGUCCUAACGGGAUUGUUUGUUACCCGGACGGCGAGGACGUUUGGAGUUUCUUUCAGGAACGGGAUCGCCGAAAAGGUCAAGACCAAUUAACGUUUGUUCCUUGGGGUCUUCUCCGGGACUCAAGUUUUCCAAGUUACCAUCAUCAGAAACAUAGAUCUUUCUGUCGAAACGAUUACCCUCCAACAUCCGGAUGUACGAGAUUAUUUCAUGAUUUCUUGUUUAGACACGUCUUCGCCUAUGGAACGAUACCAACGACCCUAUUGACGAAGGAUUUCAUAUCGAUAUUCAGAGCUCUGUUAACAGUACGCAGCGAGAGUUGCAAUUAAGAUAAAGAAAC